AUGUCGUCGUUACGCAAUGUGGUGCGAAGACUCGAAAUAGUGAAAUUAAUUCGAAAAGGCUGUGUAUCGCAGGUUGUUUGUGGCACAAAAGUACCGCGAUUGUCGGAAAGGAGUCCGAAUAGAUUUUUGUACACAACGGUUACGAGGGGAACGUCAACCGACGGACUUAACCUCACUGAGAAACCGAAGAGCGAUGAUCAAGCGGCGCCUGGAAAGUCGAAAAUGACCCAGAAUGUCAUGGUCACCGUGAUAUCGCCAGAUCUUACCCCGUCGGUGAUGACGCUGGAUGAGGCCCAUAGGAUAUCGAAGCGGAGGGAAUUAAAAUUGGUCAAAGUCAUGGAUGCCGCUGGAAAGACCAAGAGACCAAUUUACAAGCUUAUGACAGGCACCGAAUACUUUGCCGAAGAGUUAAAUCGUCGAAAACAGAAGUCCGCCAGACAAAACGGCCCGGUGAAAGAGCCAAAAAUUGCUGGUAUCACUGCGAAAAUAGCUGAUCACGACUUAGACUCGAAGAUGAGAAAUUUCGUCAAGUGGUUAAACAAGAGGCACGAAGUUAGAGUAACCAUAACUGCUGACGGUAAUUUGCAAGCUGCGGAAAAAAUAUACGAAGUUAUUGUAGCCGGAACAAAUCAUGCUGGUAAAGCGGUACAAAAACGUAUCAAGGAAGGCACCGUCAAGUUUCAAUUGGUCCCUCUGAAGGUAAUGAAGCAAGAUUCUCAAGUGGAUUCUGACGAAAAACCUAUCGAGGAAUCUGAAGACGGGACCACAAAGCGGUCAGAAUCUACUUGAGUGUAUGAACUGCUAGAUAUGUAACUUGUUCAUCCAGCUACAAAGCAGCUGUACAUAUUCAAAUAGAAAUUAAUUAUGAAGUGACUGUAAGCAAUUGUUCUUUAAUUCUUCGAUGAGAGAGAAUUUCAUUUCCCACGUUAGUUUGGUGAUAGAUUUAUGUAGGUAGUGUACUUGUGAUGAUAAUACUGAAAAAUAAAUCAUUACCAGCUGUGCAGUGGUGAAGAAUUUCUUUCACAAUUAAACAUAAGUCAUGCCCAUUACACUAACUGUGAUGAGGAAAUAAGUAUAAAUGAUGAUGUUCCUGUUUCUCUUUUCCUUUUCACUAUUUAAGGCUUAAUACCGCGAAUUUGGUGAAAAACCGUGUACAUUGUCUACAAUGCCAUUUAGUACUCAAAUAAUUAUUGUACAUAUAUAUUUACGUAAAUGAAAACAUGUAUACAUAUUUUAUAUAUAUUAUAUAUAUAUAAUAUAUAUAUAUAUAUAUAUAUAUAUAUAAUACAAAACAUUUGUGUGCAAUUUCUUUCGAUAUUAUUAUGCUAUAUAUUUACAAUAGUAGAAUAUAUAAUAUUUAUUAUUUCAAUUGCGACUAAUGUCUGUCUUGUUAUUCUUAUCAUGAUCUAACACUACUACUAGUACUAAUAGAUAUAUUUUUUAUUGUCAUAAUGGACACGGUAAAGAAAAGUUUGAUACCUUACUUUUACUCAUUUGCAAUAUGUGUCUGUAUCUUAACUCUAUCGAUAUGCUUUUACAUUCGCCGCGCAUUUAUUCAUGAAAA